CUGCCUGGCGAAAGCGCGGACGGCGCGCGGAGGCGAGCGCGGUGGAGAGGAGCCGCCGGCGUCGCACGGCCGCCAGGGCAUGAGGAUGGCCGUGGGCUCCGUCAAGAUGCAGCCACCGUGCGAGAGCCCGGCCCUGGCCGCCGCGGCGGCGGUGGUGGCGGCGGACGGCGCCCUGCGCCGCAGCCCCAGCGCCCGCGAGCCGGAGCGCGAGCAGCCGCCGGCGUCGCUGCGGCCGCGGCUGAGGGACCUGCCGGCCCUGCUGCGGAGCGGACUCACGCUGCGGAGGAAGCGGAGCGCCGCCGGGGGCCGGACUCUAUCGAGAAGAAUUUCCAAUCCAUAUCUCGAACAUACUCCUUCCCAGAUUUAUGGGGAGAAUUCUUCUUGUGCAGGAAGAGCGUUGAGGAAUAUUAUUAUUGUUCAAGCAGCUGACCUGAUAAAGGACAGAGUGAACCUCAAGGGGUUUUACAGGAGAAGCUGUGUUGGGUCGGAACUGGUAGACUGGCUUCUGGAACACUGUCCUUUUGUCCAGUGCAGAUCUAUGGCCGUAGGGGUCUGGCAGCUCCUACUGGACAUGGGAAUUAUGAUAUCAGUGGACCAGCAUCUAUACUUUCAAGAUACUUAUGUUUUCUACCAGUUUUCCUCGGAUGAAUGUAGCUACUUGUACUGUGAAUUCGAAAGAGAAGAAGAAUGGCAAAACGGUGUGAAACUUCUACUGCAGCUUGUGCCUCUCAUUCCCUCUAGAGCUGGCAUCUGUGAACUGUCUCAUCAGAAAAUUGAAGACCCUGAAGAAAGCAGUGAUGAAAUUCUUGCUCGUCUAACAUCUGCGAUGCAGCCUCCCUUGGGAGAUCAUAGAUAUUCCUGGCGGAAAGUUCCAGUCACCUUUGUGGAGGUGCAGAGAGAGCUUGCAGCUGUUAUUGCUUUGAAAGCAAGGAAGUCUGCAAUUGAACAAGAUGAAGAAAACAAUGACAAACACGUAACUGUAACGGAAGCCGAAGGUGUUCCAGAUUCGCAGGCAGGGGUGAUGUGCAAGCUUCAAGAGAGAGAUGAUAUCGGGCGAAUCGAACUGGUCCAGAAGCUGGCAAGAGAAAACUAUCAGUUUCUGCAGACGGACAGAAAAGAACAGGAGAAGCCUGAACAUCAGGAUGAUGAAGUGACUACGACUGUUCAAGUGAAAGAGCAAGACCGGAGCGUCCUGGUGCUGAAGAAAGUGCAGAGCUGCGGCCCAGCCCCCACCGCUGGGAGCCCGGAGAGCCAUUGCAGAUACGUGGUAGUGUCCGGGACUCCGGAGAAGAUUUUGGAGCACCUUCUGAAUGACUUGCACCUGGAAGAAGUCCAGGACAAAGAGACAGAGACCCUCCUUGAUGACUUCCUUCUCACGUACACUGUCUUCAUGACAACUGAUGACUUGUGUCAGGCGCUGUUAAGGCACUAUUCUGCUAAGAAGUAUCAAGGCAAAGAGGAAAACUCAGAUGUUCCUCGUCGGAAACGUAAAGUGUUACAUCUUGUUUCCCAGUGGAUUGCUCUAUACAAAGACUGGUUACAUGAAGAUGAACAUUCGAAAAUGUUUUUAAAGACCAUAUACAGGAAUGUACUGGAUGAUGUCUAUGAAUAUCCAAUACUUGAAAAAGAAUUGAAAGAAUUUCAAAAGAUACUUGGAAUGCACCGUCGUCACACUGUAGAUGAAUAUUCACCACAAAGGAAGAAUAAAGCCCUUUUCCACCAAUUCAGUCUUAAGGAGAACUGGCUCCAGCACAGAGGAGCUGUGACUGAAACAGAGGAAAUGUUUUGCCACGUGUAUAUAACGGAGCACUCCUAUGUCAGUGUGAAGGCAAAAGUUUCCAGUACAGCCCAGGAGAUCCUGAAAGUCGUAGCAGAAAAGAUCCAGCAUGCAGAAGAGGAUCUGGUUCUGGUGGCCAUCACAUUCUCUGGAGGAAAACAUGAACUUCAGCCAAAUGACUUGGCCAUCUCCAAAUCCCUUGAGGCAUCUGGUCGGAUAUUUGUCUACCGGAAAGACCUGGCUGACACUUUGAACCCAUUGGCAGAAAAUGAGGAAUCACAGCAAAGGUCGAUGAGGAUUUUGGGAAUGAACACUUGGGAUCUUGCUCUGGAAUUAAUGAAUUUUGACUGGAGUCUAUUCAAUUCAAUUCAUGAGCAAGAGCUGAUCUACUUCACAUUCAGCAGACAGGGAAGUGGGGAGCACACGGCAAACCUCAGCCUUCUGCUCCAGAGAUGCAACGAGGUCCAGCUCUGGGUGGCCACAGAGAUUCUGCUCUGCAGCCAGCUGGGCAAGCGGGUGCAGCUGGUGAAAAAAUUCAUCAAAAUCGCAGCUCACUGCAAGGCCCAGAGAAACCUGAAUUCUUUCUUUGCUAUUGUGAUGGGUCUCAACACUGCUUCUGUCAGCCGACUCUCGCAGACCUGGGAGAAAAUCCCUGGGAAGUUUAAGAAACUUUUCUCUGAACUCGAAAGUUUAACCGAUCCUUCCCUAAAUCACAAAGCCUACAGAGAUGCAUUCAAAAAGAUGAAGCCACCAAAAAUCCCUUUCAUGCCCUUACUGCUUAAAGAUGUGACAUUUAUUCACGAAGGAAAUAAAACUUUUUUGGAUAAUCUUGUCAAUUUUGAAAAGCUGCACAUGAUUGCAGACACUGUCCGAACCCUGAGACACUGCAGGACUAACCAGUUUGGAGGUGACCUGUCUCCAAAAGAGCACCAGGAGUUGAAGUCCUACGUGAAUCACUUAUACGUCAUCGAGAGCCAGCAGGCCCUGUUCGAGCUCUCCCACCGGAUCGAGCCUCGGCUGUGAGCCCCUCCGCCUCACCUCCCCUGUGACUGCAGCACUUUGAGCUACGGGAAUGUCCAUGCCAAGCACGUUGCUUUCCUGUGAGAAAAGAAGUUGCUGAGUUUUAUCAGUACACCCCAAGACAUUCCCGGGAAAGCCAGCCAAAGCGCGUUCAGGAAGGAAUGUCAGCCACCAGACAGGGGGAGAGACCUCUCCACGCUACUCCCAGAGCAAGAAGGCAGCAAGAGACUCAGACACAUUCUGGAGAUGGAAAAGUCUGGUUUCUCAUGAGCACGUUGUUGAUCCUAGUCCAGUUUUCAAUUUGAGACUUGUCAGCACCAAGACAACAAAACGCAUCUUGACGUAUAUAAUGACCGAAUAUUUCAGUAAGAGCGUGCACGAAACGAGGAGGAGUUUUUCUUUGCCUGGUGUUAGAAUUACUCUUUCUAGGCUAUCAAGGAGUAGUUCUUUUGAACACCUAAAGACAGCGACAGCAUCUCCAGAUGUCCAGGGAGAAGGAGAGGUCUCUGUCAGUAGGAACUGUGACAUCACCAAAAGCCACUUGUGUCUAGGGAGUGAGUGAGGCCACGGCUGGCUCCCAUGCUCUGACUUGCAUAUAAGAAACAUCGAGGCAUGCACUACUUUGCACCACGAUCACUUACCAACACAUGCUCGCAGGUGAAAAUAGUUUCUGUACAACUGAUUUGCAGCUAUAGGCAAGGUAGACUAAGUUGCUUUGCCGAGAAGCAAAAAUAGUGAUGUUUAAGAAAUUGAUUCAAUGUUUCAUUUCCGGAGAUUUCCUUUACAUUUCGUAAGCAGGCUCUUAUCUUUCAUGGGGCAUGAUAUGAUUUUUUUUAAAAAGCACGGUGCCUGACACAUUGUUGGAGCUCAGUAACUGCUCAAUUGAGGUGACCGAGUGACAGGUCUGCAUUCUUGUGCCUGAUACCUCACGCAGGCCCCUUGCCCACAGUGCAGGAUGACAGCAGCCAGGCAGGGAGGUGACGUGAGGUUUGACAUGUGAAGCGCUUAGCACUCUCUGAUAAAGCUCGGUAAUAAGGGAGUGGAGAUUACCAGUCUUUCAGCAAAUGCAGAGCGCCCAGGAAUACCCAAAUGUCUGAUUUAUGCUGGAGCCUUAGAAGUCCUGUGGCC